UCCCGCAACACUAAAACGAAUUCCCGAUAUUUGGAAUAAAGUUGUGUUACUAACCGAAAGAGGGUCCCGAGCCGAUAAUUCGGAGAAGAACUGCGGCCGAAGGGGACGUCGGACUCUCGAAACAAACACCCGACCUUUACCACAAAAGCCGACCAGCCCUGCCCAGCUACAUCCUGGGUUACUUAAGCGGCAUCCGAAUGUUUUUAUGACGGCCUUACGAGUGCUGAGGUCAAAGCGGGCGCUGUCUGCGGGGCUCAGUCGACUCCUCACGCAAACGCAGCAGCAGCAGUUCCCGUCUCUUCAACACUUUGCAGCCCAAAACAUGCCGCAGCAGCAAUCAACCCGCCCUGGCCAAUCACAGCACCGUUGGCUGGCGUCACACCAAAAGAGGCCCACAUCUCCCUCUGGAACCCCUCCCCCGCCUUGCUCCGAGGAAGGUGCCUCCGCCUCCAGUGCUGAUUCUUUAGCUGCUGCUGCGACCUCGCACUCUGCCACUCCAACAAUUCCCUCGACUGAUCAAUCGUGUCCGGGAAGCUCACCCUCCGCUCGAGUAGCCCAAGUAUUACAUCACUUCUACCCCAAGGGAGUCUCCCGCGCAAGCACAGCCAACAUCAUGGCGUCUCAGUACACCGUCCGCAAGGUCGGCGCCCCCCACACGCUCGACCACCGCGUCUACAUCGAGAAGGAUGGCGUCCCCGUCUCGCCCUUCCACGACAUCCCGCUGUUUGCCAACCAGGAGCAGACCAUCCUCAACAUGAUCGUCGAGAUCCCGCGCUGGACCAACGCUAAGCUCGAGAUCUCCAAGGAUGAGCUCCUGAACCCCAUCAAGCAAGACACCAAGAAGGGCAAGCUCCGCUUCGUCCGCAACUGCUUCCCCCACAAGGGCUACCUCUGGAACUACGGUGCCUUCCCCCAGACUUGGGAGGACCCCAACUCCAUCCACCCCGAGACCAAGGCCAAGGGUGACAACGACCCGCUCGACGUGUGCGAGAUCGGCGAGCUGGUCGGCUACACGGGCCAGGUCAAGCAGGUGAAGGUUCUCGGCGUCAUGGCGCUCCUGGACGAGGAGGAGACGGACUGGAAGGUUAUUGUCAUUGACGUCAACGACCCGCUCGCCUCCAAGCUCAACGACGUCGAGGACGUCGAGCGCCACCUGCCGGGCCUGCUGCGCGCCACCAACGAGUGGUUCCGCAUCUACAAGAUCCCCGACGGCAAGCCCGAGAACCAGUUCGCCUUCACCGGCGAGUGCAAGAACAAGACGUAUGCCAUGGACGUCGUCCGUGAGUGCAGCGAGGCUUGGGAGAAGCUCAUCACGGGCAAGACCGCUCCCGGCAGCAUCGCCACUACCAACCUGACGGUCAGCAACUCGAGCAGCCGCGUCUCGCCUGACCAGCUGCCGCCCCUUCCCCAGAACCAGGAGCUCCCGCCCGCUCCGAUCGACGCCUCCAUCGACAAGUGGUUCUUCAUUAGCGGUGCCUCCUCUUAGAUGGCUAGGUCGUACGGAAAAGCGUCGCUGGAUAGUCCUUCAGGUAGAUAAAUCGGGCCUUAAAAAGUGAAAUAGUCUCGAGUUAAACGAAUAUGACUGGCACUGAUAUACUCCCUUCAU